GCGCGCUGCCUGCGAGGGAAUGUGUCACUGUCUGUCACUUCAGUUGUGUCUCGCGCUCUUCGCGUGCUGCGAGUCUUGAAUCGGAGUAAAAUUUUUUAUUUAAACUGCUUUGAUUUGGAUAUCAGGAGAACAUCAAUGUCUAUCUGGACGAUGUUUGUCAGUGUUUUCUGAUAUUUUUUGUGAAAUGAGUUCAUCCGCGCGGCUACCCAGAUAGACCUCACCAGAUCGCAGCUCUCAUCCUCUCAACAUGACGAGCUUCAGCUUUUUAUUUACCCUCCUCUUCAUCAGCAGGAUUUUGCUAAACGCUCUGCUCAGCGCUGAGGUGAAAGAUGGAGAGAUUCUUCCUCCGACUAUCCAGAAGCUUAUGAAAGGAUACAACAAAUACCUCAGGCCUUUCUUUGACAAUGGUCCUGUUACAGUGGGGAUGAGUCUGGACAUCGCCAGCAUUGAUACUAUAUCAGAGAUCAACAUGGACUACACAGCGACCAUUUUCCUCCGUCAGCGCUGGACAGAUGAGAGACUGGUGUUUGAGGGAAACAAAAGUUUAAGUCUGGAUGGUCGACUGGUGGAGCUGCUGUGGGUACCCGACACAUUUAUAGUGGAUUCAAAGAAAUCCUUCCUCCAUGACAUCACAGUGGAAAACCGAUUGAUCCGGAUCUUUCCCAACGGAACGGUUCUUUAUGCCCUACGGAUCACGACAACAGUGGCCUGUAACAUGGACCUGACGAAAUACCCCAUGGACAAACAAACAUGCACCUUACAACUGGAGAGCUGGGGUUAUAAUGUCAAUGAUGUGAUGUUUUAUUGGGUUCGUGGGAAUGAAUCUGUAAGUGGAUUGGAUACACUGCGACUGGCCCAGUACACUGUAGAGGAUCAUUACACUUCUGUCUCAGAGGCCGUCUAUGAAACAGGAAAUUACCCCAAGCUGGUGUUUCAUUUUGAGCUGAAGAGAAGCAUCUUGUACUUUAUUCUGGAAACGUAUGUUCCCUCGAGCCUGUUAGUGGUUCUGUCCUGGGUCUCUUUCUGGAUCAGCCAAUCGUCUGUCCCAGCACGCAUCUGUAUUGGAGUGACCACUGUCCUGACUAUGACCACGCUUAUGAUGGGUGCCAGAACGUCUCUGCCCAAUGCAAACUGUUUUAUUAAGGCCAUAGACGUCUACCUGGGCAUCUGCUUUAGUUUCAUCUUCGGGGCACUAAUUGAGUAUGCAGUGACUCACUUCUGCACACUUCACCACCCUGACUGUAACAGUGCACUUAUGUACGGUCAACACGUACACGACUGUGAGGAGGAGAUAAACGGGAUCGUCACCACCAUCGCCAACAAUUCCUCAAGGGUCAAGAGACGCAAAGACGCCGUAGAUCCAGCCGCAGGAGAGUUGGAUAUUACGCCCUCCAGUGAAGCCACGUCCCCAGAGGUGCCAGCAGAGCCCUUAAACUGCUGCGUCCAAAGCAUUUCAAUAAUGAGAAAAAUUCUGACGUUUGUCAACUGCUGUCAUGUGGAGAAUCCGCAUUACAUAGACAAUUACUCGCGGUUAACCUUUCCACUCUCAUUCGUCAUGGUUAACCUGCUCUAUUGGACUUACUACCUUUACUUUUAACCAGCUGCUGUGAUGGGUGGUUUAACUUGGGUUUGUUGUGUUAUCAUGCAAGAAAGAAUGUUUGAGUCUGAAUGAUGAAGAAAAGGAAGGAGAAAAUUUAAAUAGUGAGGUGUAUUAAGGACGGGUCUUUAAGGGUUAGUUCACCCCAAAAUGACAAUUUUAUCAUAAAUUACUUACCCCUGUGACGUUAUAAACCACCAAGUCCUUCGAUUGUCUUCAGAACACAUUUUUAAAUAUUUUUGAUAAAAACCUGGAGGCUUGUGAUUUUCACAAUCAAGUCCAGAAAAGAAUGAAAGACAUCACCAAAAAGGUCCAUCAGUAGUACAAUAAUGAUAUUAUGAAAACAAA